AUGGGAGGCUUUGAGGGUCAUCUGUAUCCAGGGCUGUCUUUAUUCCUAUAUGGACUUUAUCAUGCACGACUUGUCUCCAGGGCCUUGAUAUGCAACUCUUCUGUGCAAUAUCCACCACACCGUCCUUGGAGCAAAGGAAGAUGGGCAAAGCUACGGCAAAUACACUAUGUUGGCUUGCUGAAGAUAUUGAGUGCCUGCAUUUUAGUAGCCCAAGAGCUGCAUAGCAUUCCAGGACAGUUUGUACUUAUCACCAAGAUAUUUCAUCAGAGAAACUUUAUGUUCCACAAACAGUGGCAGCAUCUCACUCUCUAUAUGACCUUCUUCUUAAGUGGGUGUGUAGACACAGUGAGCCAGAACCUGCUACCCCAGAGGUGUGCAGCUCUGGAGCAAGGUGCUCAAACUCUGGCCACAUUUAUAUUUCUGCCCUUGAUGGUGUCUCACAUGCAGGAUACAGAAGGAGUGGAGCUGCAGACUCACAUGCUGCUUACCCAGACCAUGUUCCUGCUGACACUGGUGGUGACCGCAGAGCUGUGGGCUCCCAACAUGGUGCUCCUCUGGAUGAUGAAGGCCUUUUUGUACCUCAUCACGGGCUCCUGGCUCAUGCAGAUGGGCUUCAUGCUGUACAAACCAGUCUCUGGCUAUAAAUGGAUGGACGAUGACAAGCAUGACAUCAUGUUUGCCACCACUUUCUUCUGCUGGCAUGUGGCCUUUGGGGCCAUUUUGAUGAUCUGGAUCUAUGGCCUCUCCUUUUUGUGGUAUUGUUACCUUUUUGUGAGUUUCUGA